ACAUGCCUUGUCCAUUCAUUUCGUUUGUACAAUAAUGAUGGAUCUCUACGCCUAAAAUAAUGUACAUACCUCUAUCAUUCAUUUCGUUAUCACAUUCAUUUCUUGAUAAUUUUGCAGCAUGUAAUGAAGAAGAAAGCCUAAAUUCUAUCGGUGAUCUACGGUGCAUAUAUACAUGGAUCCUGAUAUCAUCAUAACUCAAGCCUCAGAUGGGAUAAGUGAAAAACUGAACGAAGUCUCCGGUUCACAGUCGGAAUGCACAAUCUACAGAGUUCACAGACACUUACGCAACGUGAACCCGAGGGCCUACGAACCCGAGGUGAUCGCCAUCGGCCCUUACCAUCGCCACAAUAAUAAUAGUAAUAAUAAUAAUAAUAAUAAUAAUAAUAAUAGUGAGCAUCUAAAGAUGAUGGAAGGCCACAAGCUGAGUUACCUGAAGCAGCUGCUUGGCCCAAAUGAUCCACUGAAUGGUGUGAAAAGGUACGUGGCAGCUGUAAGCAGAGUGGAAGCAGAGGCAAGAAGAUGCUACGCAGAUCUGCCUGAAACCCUAACCCCGGCCGAGUUCAUACAAAUGCUUGUGCUAGAUGGCUGCUUCAUCGUCCAGCUAGUUCGCAAGUUUAAAAGUGUGAUGUUGAGGGAGAGGAAUGAUCCCAUCUUCCAAAUGAACUGGAUGAUCAAUAGCCUGCAGCGCGAUCUGAUGCUCUUCGAGAAUCAGUUGCCAUUCUUCGUCUUGUGCGAGCUCUACGACCUCAUCGAGGUACCUGGCCAGCAUUCUAGGUUUUGGUACCUUCUCUUCAACUUCUUCAUCAGUCUCUAUCCUGGACAGGGCAGCAAACAAAUGCCGAUUGUACAUCCUCGCCAGGUGAAGCAUUUGCUAGACUUCCUCCAUCAGAGCUGGCUUCCUCCUCCCCGAUGCUCGGGCGGAGGAAGCAGUCACGAGGUAAUAACACUAGGAGCGAGGUUACGGUUCAUCAGCAGCGCGACGAGGCUUAAGGAGGCUAACGUCAAGUUUGACAACAGAUCAAACGGAAACACGUUGUUCGACGUCAGGUUCGAAAAAGGGUCGAUGAUAAUAGCGCCACUAACCAUCGAAGACAGGACAGAGUCGUUCCUGCGGAAUCUCAUCGCGUACGAGCAAUAUUUUGAGCAUAAUCAAAAUAACUUCGUGACUGAUUAUGUCAAGUUCCUUGACUGCAUCGUUGAUUCCUCCGCGGAUGUGGAGAUACUGUCGCGAAGAGGGAUCAUCGACAACUGGCUAGGGGACGAAGGUAAGGUGGCGGAGAUGGUGAACAAGCUGGGUGAUUCGGUUGCUGGGCCGGGGAAUGGCUUCGUGUAUGCUAAGAUGUUUGAGGAUGUGCAUAACCAUUGCAGAAAGCGCAAGAAUAAUUGGAUGGCUAAGUUGAGACGUAACCAUUUUAAUAGCCCUUGGGCUAUUGUUUCUUUUGUUGUUGGUCUAGUGCUGCUUCUUCUUACAAUCACGCAAACGUUGUUUACUAUAUUACAGGUUGUUUGAAGGAUGUUGGAAGUCGAUUCUCUCUCGUGCACAAGUGGAGAUGCUCAAGAAUUAAGGCAAGGGUUGGUAUGGUGAAGAGCUUUCUUAAUUAAAGUGCAUGUAAAUGCGUUGAUUGUUAAUUAUAUUGAUUGUAUUUUAUUUGAGGAUAUAUAGACUUAAGAAAUAUUGCAUGAUAAAUUGCUAAA